GCCUCGAUCUCGACUUCCACGCCCAAUAUGUCCAAGAGUUCAUUCCAGGAUGAGGUUCUCAACAGCACGAAUUACUACCGCAAACAAUUCCAAGUCGAGCCGGUGACCUGGAACGACACGCUCGCGGACUUCGCAGACGACUAUGUCAAAGGCUGCAUCUGGAAACAUUCUGGCGGUCCAUACGGCGAAAACCUCGCUUCCGGCUACGAAACCACAGCAUUAGCCAUCGACGCUUGGGGCGACGAAGAGCAUCUCUACAACUGGGCAAAACAGAAGUUCUCGGAAGGCGCUGGCCAUUUUACACAACUGGUCUGGAGCAACACUACGACCGUGGGCUGUGGAGUAGUCAACUGCACGGAGGAGGGAAAGGGAAACGUGCAAGGCCGAUAUCUGAUCUGCGAGUACUGGCCGAGGGGAAAU